AUCUUGCUCGGUUCAUCCGGUAUCGUCAUACACUUCAUACCAGAUCUUAUCACAAAUAUCCUAUAGCAUCAAUGGAUUUAUCUUGCGGCUUUUUUCAUGUUAUACCUGUCCCUUGUUUAAAAGACAAUUACGCUUACCUGAUUGCCGACUCUGAUCAAGGAACUGCAAUCAUUAUUGAUCCCUCUGAUUCAAACACUGUUUUAAAUGUAUUACAAGAAAAAUCGCUUAAGCCUAUUGCCAUUCUCAAUACUCACCACCACUGGGAUCAUACUGCCGGAAAUACUGGAUUAGUUCAGCAUUAUCCCGGUUUAUCCGUAUAUGGGAGUAGUACUGAUUUUUACGGUAGCAAUAGCAGUUACGCUCGUCAUACUACCCAUUUUGUAGAUGAUGGUCAUGUACUGCAACUUGGACGUGCUACUCUAAAAGUGAUCGAGACUCCAUGCCACACUAGAGGAAGCGUUCUUUUCCUUCUUGACUUGAUCAAGUCUUUACCUUUUAAUAUUCCAGAAUCUCAAAAAAAAGCGUCUGCUAUUCCGUCAAGCUGGGAUCCAAAUGCUCCUUGCGUGUUUACCGGUGAUACGUUUAUGACUGCUGGUUGUGGUAGAUUCUUUGAAGCUAAAAGUCCUUACGACAUGAAUCUCAUUUCCACCAAAACACUCGGUCUUAUUCCCAAAAAUGCCAAUAUUUUUCCAGGCCAUGAAUAUGCUAUAUCCAAUCUUACUUUUGCAUCCACAAUGGAACCUACCAAUAUGGCUAUUCAAAGCAAACUCAGUCAGGCUAAGCAAGCUCGGGAAUUAAAUAUUCCGCUUGUGCCAACCUCGUGGACUGAAGAGUGCUCGUAUAAUCCGUAUCUUCGACUAGAUUCCAAACAUCGUAGUAAAGAGCUGUGGGAUACCAUAUUGUCUAAAGCAGAAUCAGUGUGCUUACCUAGAUCUAAUCGCACUAUUUUAGACGCCAUAAAGCCCGAUGUACUACAACACUGUGCUGGUCUAGGGCUUAGUGGUGACAUUGUAGAUGAAGUGGUCGCAAUGGGUUGUCUGCGUGCACUCAAGGAUCAAUUUGCACAAUAGACAGCACGAGCAAAUUAAACCUGCAUUGGGUCAAACUAUAGUCGUAUUCACGUAAAAUGGAACACUCUUGCAGUGAUUGCCUUUUCUGCUUUGAAAUAAAUCCAUCAAACAAAUUGUUUAGUAAAUUGAU